GUGGUAAGACGGCCGCCCGGACGCCCUGAGGAGCGGUGGUCCGUGUUUCCGGUGGUGGACGAGCUCUGGAGGCGGCUUCGGUGAGGUGACGUUUUCUCUGGCCACGGUGCCUGGUUUUCUAGCCGAGGGAGGAAACCACCCUCCUCCUUUCUCGGGUCUGCCGUGGUGGCUGCGGCGGCCUCUUUAAGGGUAUAUUUUCUCAGGCCGUAGAGCCUGGCUGACUAGCUGGGGAAGACAGCCCCCUCCUUCCGUCUCGGGCAGGUACCGGUGGCUGCGCUGAGUGGGCGAUGGAGCAACUGGGAGACGGCGACGGCAGUAUGGAGGCGGCGGGGCCUACGGCGGUUCCACCAAAACUCAGCCGUAAGAAGUACAUGGCUCUCCGGAAGAAGGAGAGACGCAAGAAACGACGGCAGGAGCUCGCUCGUCUGAGAGAUGCAGAAUUGUCACAGAAAGAGGAGGAAGAAGAUCCUCUUGCUGAAGAAAAACAAUUAGAAGAAGAAAGGUUGUUGGAGGAAGAAAGGCAAAGAUUACAUGAAGAAUGGUUACUGAGGGAAGAGAAGGCACAAGAAGAAUUCAGGGCAAAGAAGAAAAAAGAAGAGGCAGCUCGAAAACGGAAGGAAGAACUAGAGAGAAAGUUAAAGGCAGAAUGGGAAGAACAGCAGAGAAAAGAGCGAGAGGAAGAGGAGCAGAAACAACAAGAGAAGAGAGAAAGAGAGGAAGCUGUGCAGAAGAUGCUGGAUCAGGCUGAAAAUGAGUUGGAAAAUGGUGGCACCUGGCAGAACCCAGAACCGCCCAUGGAUAUAAGAGUACUGGAGAAAGAUCGAGCCAACUGUCCAUUCUACAGUAAAACGGGAGCUUGCAGAUUUGGAGAUAGGUGUUCUCGUAAACACAACUUCCCCACGUCAAGUCCCACCUUGCUGAUUAAGAGCAUGUUUACAACGUUUGGAAUGGAGCAGUGCAGGAGGGAUGACUAUGAUCCUGACUCAAGCUUAGAAUACAGUGAAGAAGAGACCUAUCAACAGUUCCUAGACUUCUAUUAUGAUGUCCUGCCCGAGUUCAAGAAUGUGGGAAAAGUGAUUCAGUUUAAGGUUAGCUGCAACUUGGAACCUCAUCUGAGGGGCAAUGUAUAUGUUCAGUACCAGUCGGAAGAAGAAUGUCAAGCAGCUUUUUCUGUUUUUAAUGGACGAUGGUAUGCAGGACGACAGCUUCAAUGUGAAUUCUGCCCAGUGACCCGGUGGAAAAUGGCAAUUUGUGGCUUAUUUGAAGUACAGCAGUGUCCAAGAGGAAAGCACUGCAACUUUCUUCACGUGUUCAGAAAUCCCAACAAUGAAUAUAGGGAAGCUAAUAGAGACAAAUACCUGUCUCCAGAUUGGACUAGCUCCUCCUUUGGUAAGAAUUCAGAGAGGAGGGAAAGGGCCAGUCACUAUGAUGAAUAUUAUGGCAGGUCAAGAAGAAGAAGGAGCUGGAGUCCGAACGUCUCCUACAGGAGAAAUGGUGAGUCUGACAGGAAGAGCAGUAGUAAUCGUAGGGUGAAGAAAUCUCACAAACAUGGAAUGAAGAGUCGUGAGAGGCGCAGUUCACCUAGUAUUAGAAGAAGAAAAAAGGAUCACAGUCCGAGCUCCUGGAGCCAGAACAGGAGGAGUGGCCUCAGCAGGAGUCGCAGUCGCAGUCGCAGUCGCAGUCGCAGUCGCAGUCGCAGUCGCAGUCGCAGUCGCAGCAGCCACAGCCGCAGCCAGAGCAGGGGCCGCAGCAGGAGCCGGAGCCGGGGCCGGGACCGGGGCCGGGGCCGGAACCGGAACCGGAACCGGGGCCGGAACCGGAGCAGGAGUUGGAGCCCCAGCCAUAGCCGGAGCUCAUCAAGGUCCAGAAGUCGUGGCAGGAAGAGGUCAGGUAGUAGACAAAACCACCUAGAGUCCCAAAUCUAAAUAAACUUGGUUGUUUUUUAAUAUCUCUGUCUUUAUGGCAGCUACUCACCUGUAUAGAUGAUGAUGCUAGCCAAAUGCUAUCAUGUAAAUCAUACUUUUUGAUAAAUUAUACACACACACAUAAAAUUACUUGUAACCCUAACCUUGAGAGCAUCGUUAAUGCUGGAGUGAUGCUUUAGUAUUUUUUUUUCCGCUUUCUGCCUGCAUGCCUGCUCCCGUCUCUACUUUUCUCCCCCUCCCUCCCUCCCUCCCUCCCUCCCUCCCUCCCUCCCUCUCUCUCUCUCUCUCUCUCUCUCUCUCUCUCUCUGUAUAAGUGUACCACAAGUGUCGUCAGAGGACAACUUUUAGGGGUCAGUUACACAAUGAGAUUCAGUGAUUGAACUGAGGUCAUGAAACUUUUACACCAAGGACCUUUACUCAGUGAGCCAUCUUCUCAGCCCACCUUUUUUCUUGUUAGGGGUCCACACCCUUUGUUUUUGCUUUAUGCAUAUGGGUGUUUUGCCUGCAUGUAAGUGUACCACUUGUGAGCCUAGUGCCCAUGGAGG